CGGAUAACGAUAAACUGACAACGACAACGAUUUAAAUUUAACGGAAAAAGUGAUGGAAACUGGAAACUGAAUAUAGAAGAAGCUCUUCUGUUCCUCAUCAUAUAUAUAUUUAAGAUAUAGAUAAUUCCAUAUGCCGUUUUCAUCGUUCUUUGGUUUUUAGAAUAGUAGUUUAAUUAAGAUAAAAGGGUGCUGAAUUGAUAAGAAUAAAAUGUCCGACAAUACUUCAGUUAGGGUCGCAGUUCGAGUGAGACCAUUAGUCCCCACUGAACUCUCUCGAGGAUGUAAGGAAAUUGUAGAUGUAAUAAAAGAAAACGAGCAGAUUCUUAUUAAAAACAUUGACAAGGAUAAGGCGUACACCUUUAACUAUGUACUAGGUACACUUUCUAAACAAGGGGAACUAUAUGAGCGUUGUGUUCAACCUCUCAUGGGUAAUCUCUUUAAGGGUUAUAAUGUUACAAUUCUGGCCUAUGGUCAAACAGGCUCAGGAAAAACUCAUACCAUGGGAACAUCCUACACAGAACAUGGAGAUAUGGGUGUCAUUCCUAGAUGUGUUAAUGAAAUCUUUGAUUUUAUAAAAGAAAAUUUUGCUUAUAACUUUAACAUCUCUGUAACCUUUAUGGAACUGUACCAAGAGGUUCUCUAUGAUUUGUUGAGUGACAAACCACGAGAGCAAUGCAUAUUAGAAAUACGUGAGGACACAACUAAGGGAAUUCAUAUUCCCAAUUUGACCGAAAUAGAUGUACAGAAUGUGAAUACUGUUUUGGAAACCUUGCAGAAGGGAACAACAAGGAGGGCAACUAGCGCUACAGCUAUGAAUGCGCAUAGCUCUAGGAGCCACGCCAUAUUUUCCGUGAAUAUUUCAAUGAAUCAUAAAGAGAACUGCCAUGAAAACAAGCAAUCCAAAUUACAUUUAGUUGACUUGGCAGGCAGCGAGCGGCCUAAAAAGACCGGAGCCAUCGGAAAUACGUUUAAAGAAGGCGUGAACAUCAACAAAGGCCUAUUUGUCCUGGGAAAUGUAAUCAGCAGCCUCGGAGACGAGAAAUCGCAGCAUGGGUUUAUUCCCUAUAGGGAUAGCAACUUAACAAGGCUGUUAAAAGAUUCACUUGGAGGUAAUAGUAUAACACUUAUGAUAGCCUGUGUAAGCCCAGCAGAUUACAAUUUAGAGGAGACUAUUUCAACACUUCGAUAUGCUGACAGGGCGAAAAAAAUUAAGAACAAACCCGUAGUUAAUCAAGAUCCACAAGCUGCAGAGAUUAAUUCGCUCAAAAAGACCAUACAGCAUUUAAGAUUACAAAUCCUAGGACAAGGCGGUCCAGCCGUUUGUACGCAAGAAGUAGAAGCGAUCAAGAAAGAAAAUAUUGACCUGAAAACUAAGAAACGAGAUCUUAGUUUACAGCUCGCUGCUGCCCUCUUCAACAACACCAAUUUACAUGAAAAAAUCAUCAUUUUGCAAAACGCAAACGAAGUAUUGAAUAAAAAACUUGUGGGACUAAAAGAUAUCUGUGAUAUUACUUUAAAUAGCUAUAAUAUAGGACUUGAAACAAAUAACCACGAUUUAUUAAAAGAAAAUUUGGCAAAUUUAGAGCAAAUAAAGGAGCAGUUCGCUCAAAUCAAUCAUGACCAAAAACAGACGGACAACGAAAUCGCCAACCACGAACACAACAAACCAUCUAUGAAAGACUUUGCGGUAGGGGGACAUGAACAGUCCGAAGAUAUUCAGGAGAAACAAGAAUCGCACACAAAUAGGCAGUUCAACCUAAACAUUCAACUGACGGAGAUUGAAAAACAGUUGAACAUUAAGGAGAACUUGGCAAAAGAAUUGAUCAGUGCGAAUUACGUUGUAGACUAUCAGACCAUGGCCGAGAACGAAGCAAAGAUAGAACAACUCGAGAAAGAAAAGGAAGAACUCCAGCAGAUGUUGAAAAAUAUUGGAAAUUCUGGAAAAAUAUCAGAGCAACGUAGAAAGAGAGUUCAAGACUUAGAACAUCAGUUAUCCGAGUUAAAGAAAAGGGUUCAAGAACAAAACCAGAAGAUAAAGAUGAAGGCCAGAGAUGAAGAACGCAUCAAGGUUUUAAAUAAAGAAAUACUCGAAAUGAAACAAACCAAAGUUAAACUGGUAAAGACGAUGCGUGAAGAGUCUGACAAGUUCCGACAGUGGAAGAUACAAAAAGAACGGGAAUGCAUAAAAUUGAAACAACAAGAUAUAAAGAAACAAUGCGAAAUUGCACGAAUGAAAGUCAUCCACAGUAAACAGCAGAACGUGUUUAAGAGGAGGGUGGAAGAAGCGGAAGCUAUAAAUAGAAGAUUAAAACUCGCCCUGUCCGUAAAACAACAGGCACAGGAAUCUAGGAAUGCUGGUAAAGCUGAACGAAUCGAACCAUGGCUGAAGCAGGAAUUUGACCUCUACGUAAACUUACUAGAAGCGGAAGCAACGCUCAAAGUGCUGUUGGAAGAUAGAGCUACCCUGCAGCAACAAUUGGACAACAUGAAAAACAACUCUGAUGCCGAUUCAACAGAUUGUAAAUCGAUUGAAGAUGAUUUAGAGCUCAGAAGUGUCCAAAUUCAGGAUCUACAACAAAAACUUUUGGACUCAGAUGAAGAUACUAAAGCCAAAUCAAGAAUCGACAAAUUCCAGACGAUGGCAGAAGCAAAGUAUGGUAUAAAGUUUUUGUUUGCGAGAGCCGCAGAAGUAGUGAAAGAAAAAGUUGGUCUUCAGAUGAAACUAACAGAACUCCAGGAACUCUAUACCGAUACGCAAGAAAAACUCAAAAGCCAAGGUGAAGAAACAGAACAGAUUCGACAAGAAUACGAAGAAAGGAUUAGAUCGUUGUUAACUGAGAUUAACGAAAUUAAAGAUUCACUUGCUAAACAGGAAGCUCUUCAGAAACAGAUUGAAGAAUUGGAACUCAAAAAUGAUGAGUUAACAGAAAAAUUAGAAGAAUUUGUAAUCAACAGAACGGUUCCACCUACUCCAGCUCUCAUAGAAAAAAAGAUGAAUAGAACAUUCAUGUGCAACCCUGCUGACUCAGACGACGCAGUAAAAAUUGAAGUAUCUAGUGAUGCGUAUGGUACCCCUCCAAACGAAUUACAAAAUAGCAGAGACAGAAAUUUGUUAAAACCAGUGCCCGUUAAAUUCCAUGAUAUCUCAUUAGACGAUUUCGUGGAUGAAGAUGACGUUAAAAAUGAUCCCGAUUGGAGAGGAACUCCUUUAGGCAAGAGAAUAAUGGAAGAAAAGGAAAUUAUAGAGAAAAAUAAAAAAUUACAAAAAACUUCCCUUAAAUUUCCAGAUGAUUCCAGGCCGUCUAAAAGAUCUUCUGAAGGUAGUUGUACAUGUAAAAAGUCAUGCAAAGGCAGAUGCGGUUGUUUCAAGAUGGGCAAAUCAUGUCAACCUACCUGUAAAUGUGAUGAACAGUGCGAAAACAGGGAAAAGAGCGAAAACGCGUAUUUGAAAGAAUCUGAUGAUGAUGUUUUUAUGAAACCAAGCAAUGAUGAGAAUGAGCUUCCAAGGAAACGGCAAAAAAAGAGGCUAAACAUUUUUACCCAGAACGAAUGAGAGAAUGUAUGUACAAUGUAAAUAUUUUAUCAAUAAGUUAUUUAUUAUGAUUAACAUUUUAUUUGACUGACUUCUAUUUGACUUUAUUUGUAUUUGACUUUGUAUUUUAGUGUAUGUGUAUGUAUGUAUUUUAAUUUUGUAUAGUAGUUUAUGAAAAAUCCCUUUUACAUUAGAAUUAUUGUUUGAACGCCUUAUUGCAACAUAAUGAUAUGCCACAAAAUUAGAAAACUGAAAUAUUAAGGUUUAAAGUAUUAAAAAAAUGUAAAAAUAUUAAUUUAACUUUAAAAAACUAUAAUGUUAUUGGAUUGCGUUAAUCAUUAAAAUGCAUAAGCAUGUUUAUUAUAUUACGGAAAAACACAUAUUUACAAGAAAAAUAGGGUUUAUUAAAAAAAAAAUGAGGCUUAACAUGUUCUUAAAUUUAAAGUCAUAAAAAAUAAUAAAAUUAUGUAUCAACGAGUUUCACUUCUUUAUUAACCUUAUCAUUAGCUGAUUAUAAAAAUUUUAGCUGAUUAUAAAAAUAAAGGAAGUGAAAAAAUUGUAUAUGUAUUAAAGUGUGUAAAACUAUUUUAUUUCCUUAGCUAAGCGCAGUAAAUUCCUAAUCGUAGUAAAUCUUAAAAACGUCAGAUUUUCUACACAAAUGUUUAAUUUUAAUAGAAGUAUAAAAGUCCAAAUAUAUAUACAGGGUGUCUGCGUAACUUGGAACCAUAUGGGAAACUUUUUUAAUAUCAAUUUUACGAAAAAAAGUGAUUCUUCAUAAAAUGCUCUGGCAUAGUCUAAAACCUAAGAUGCAGUCAUCAGAUAUCAAAUUUUAUCAAUAAUAUACGAGGUGUGUCCAAAAAUAUGAAUUUCGCUCAAGAGUAAUGUGCCUUUAUAUUUCACAAUAUCAAAAAUUGUUAUUAAGAAAAGUUAUUAAGAAAAAAAAAAUUUUGAAAAUUUUCAUCACAUUAGGGAUACCCAACAUCAUUUUUAUUUUAUGAUAACUCCGUAAUUAUUAAUUUUGCGAAAAAAGUUAUUCUUUAUAAAAAAUUCUGAAUAGUCAAGAAACUAAGAUGUAAUCAUAAGAUAUCAUUUUUUUUUAAAUUUUAUACGAGGUAUGUCAGAAAAUAUGAAUUUUGCUCAAGAGUCAAAUACCUUUAUGAGUUUCACUUUAUGAUAUGCAUAUAAAUGAAUAUUGUUUACAAAACCAUGGUAAGCCAAAAAAAUAAGAAAACAUUCUUAUCUCACACUAAAUUUAGACGAAAAAUGCUACUGGGCCUAUAGCGCAAAAACAGAUGAACCACUUUGCAGCGCUACUCUGUGAAUCCACAAAGUGGCUAAAACAGGCGAUUUUGUAGCGCUAAUGAUUUUGUAAUGGACGCCAGAGUGGCGAGGAUCGGCGACAGUGGCUGGCCCUUGCUGGCCACUGUCGCUCGUUUGAAAUGGCACCUUUAAUUUACGGCUAAUCAUCGGAAGCUAUUUUGUGGAUCCACAGAGUGCGCUACAGAAUGGUUCUGUCUGUUUUUGCGCAUAGUCUUUGUCUGCUACACUGCCAUCAAUGGAAUUUACAUUUAAACUGUUGUUUUCGCUUGAAUAGUCCAUGUGGUGAGACCGCUGAAAAAAUUUCUGAUUCGGUUUCUUUGUGGAUUCCUAUUCAAAAAUGUCCCCUUUAAACAAAUCUGAAGGGUGUCGGGCGGAAUUUUUGGGCAGCAAUAAUUGUUUAAAUAUUUUUUUUAAACAAAUACAAAAGAUCACGUUUUUUCGCUCUGGAACAUAUAUUUUUAGGGUUUUUGGGUCAUUCUAAACAAGAAUGGUAUCUUGUAAUUUUUCUUAAAAAUUGAUAGUUUUCGAGUUAUAGGCGAUUUAAAUACUGAAAAAUGCGAAAAUACGCAUUUUCGAGGCUUAAAAACUCAUAUAUAAAUUAGUAUUUUUGAGGUUGCCAGAUACUUAGAUUAAAGAUUAAACAUUCAGCUUCAAGAUUCGGAAGAGUGAUCGCGUCUAACCUUAAUUUAUACCGUUGUUUUUUAAUUGUUAAAUAUGCGUGUUUAUCCAAUUUUUUUGGCGGUGCGGCGCCUGUUUCAAAAAUCUAUUUUCCUCCGAAAAAUA